AUGGCGAUGGGACAAAAGGUACAAAACUGCAGCAGUAUCCCAAAACAGCAAAAAUCGACGUUCGUGUCCCAAACAACGGCGAUCCGCUCCGCCUCCAAUAGCAGAAUAGUGAAGACAAUGAUGGUGAAGACGUCCAAGCAACCAACAAACAGCAACGAUGAUCAACAACGCAGCAAGGCGGAGAGCAGACGAACGACGCUCCACUCCUUCCUGAAACACAUCCGCUUCAACAAUAGUGCUGGAGAAGAAAUAUUCUUUCAUGAAAAUGGUGAGUUGGCAGCUGGCUAUGAUAUCAUCAACACAGUCACCUUCUCCAAUGCUUCCAUCCAGAGAGUCCGUAUUGGAAGGAUGGACCCACAGGCUCCUGAAAGAAAAGCGUUCACCAUCAACGGAAGUGCUAUUGUGUGGAAUCACAAGUUCAAGCAGUUUGCCAUUGAUGAAAUCCGAAAGAAUGUUAACUUCUUAACAAACUACACAAUAUUAGAACAUUACAUGCACAAUUCUUACAAUGAAAUGGGAACCUGUUCUGCAACAAUGGAUCUCCUUUUCAGAAGCCAUGGGAACCCCCUUAACUACAUCUGUGGCAAGACAGACAAGCUAAAGGCUGUCAUCGGUGGGCUCACCUCUCAUAACUCCAAUCAGAUGCCACACAUCUUAAAUAUCUACAAGAUGCCACAGCUUGCUUAUGACUCCUUUGAUCCCACUUUGAGUGACAAAACACAGUUCCCUUCUGUCUAUCAGAUGAUCCCCAAUGAACGUCCUCAGUAUGCUGGGAUUGUUCAGCUGCUUCAGCAUUUUGGAUGGACCUGGAUUGGCCUUAUUCUUUCAGAUGACAACAGUGGAGAAAUGUUGCUGAGGACUCUUGAGCCUUGCCUACUCCAGAACAAUAUUUGCUUUGCCUUUAAGGAAAUUAUGCCAAACCUGAAGAAGCACUGGGGAGAAACAAUGCAACUUACGGAUCAUAUGGAAAUAAAACUUAAUAAUCAGUUGAAAAGAAUAAGUUCUGUUCUCUCAUCCACUGAAACCAAUGUGAUUCUUGUGCAUGGUGACUCACGGUCAAUGGAGGGCUUACGAAUGAUUUUAUAUUUACAUGAAUUUAAAGAAAUGAAGCCCAUAGAGAGGGUCUGGAUCAUAACAGCCCAGUGGGAUUUUACAUCUGUUCUCUAUCGUGGGGUAUUCACACCAAAAUCCUUCAACGGCACCUUGUCCUUUGCACUCCACACAAAUACUGUGGCAGGAUAUGAAGAGUUUCUUGAGGAUUUAAAUCCUCAUCAAUCUGUGAUUCUUUUGAUGCACGCAUUUUGGGCCAAUGCAUUUGUUUGUUCAUUCCCAGAAUAUAAUGUGAAUUUACCAAAUAAGACAAAUUGUACUGGGAAAGAGAACCUCAGGAGCCUUCCUCAAUCUGUGUUUGAAAUGGGGAUGUCUGGCCAGAGCUACAGUAUCUACAAUGCUGUUUAUGCUAUUGCCCAUGCUCUCCAUGCCACGUUUUCAUCUAGAUCAAGGCAAAAGGCAAUGGGAGGAGAAGGCUCAUGGAAUAUUCUAAAUGUUCAUCCAUGGCAGCUCCACUCCUUCCUGAAACACAUCCGCUUCAACAAUAGUGCUGGAGAAGAAAUAUUUUUUCAUGAAAAUGGUGAGUUGGCCACGGGCUAUGAUAUCAUCAACACAGUCACCUUCUCCAAUGCUUCCAUCCAGAGAGUCCGUAUUGGAAGGAUGGACCCACAGGCUCCUGAAAGAAAAGCAUUCACCAUCGAUGGAAGUGCUAUUGUGUGGAAUCACAAGUUCAAGCAGAAGCUGCCCCGAUCCACAUGUGUUGAGAGUUGCCAUCCUGGACACAGCAAGACCAUUCGUCAGGGUGAACAAAUUUGCUGUUAUGAUUGUCCCCGCUGCUCUGAAGCAACGAUUUCAAACCAGACAAAUGCAGAACAUUGCCACAAGUGCCCUGAGGAUCAGCAUCCAAACAAGAACCAGGAUCACUGUCUCCCAAAAUAUAUGAGUUAUCUAUCAUAUGGUGAGCCCCUGGGAAUAAUACUGACUAUAUUUGCUCUUUUCCUUUCUCUGAUCACCCUUGUAGUAAUGUGGAUCUUCAGUCAACAUCAGGAUACUCCCAUUGUUAAGGCCAACAACUGGAACAUCACCUGCACCCUCCUCGCUUCCCUGUUGCUUUGUUUUCUGUGCUCCUUCUUAUUCAUUGGACAGCCUGGGAAGGUGACCUGCUUUCUACGCCAAACAGUGUUUGGAAUCAUCUUCUCCCUCGCUGUUUCUUGUGUUUUGGCUAAAACCAUCACUGUGGUUCUGGCCUUCAUGGCCACCAAGCCAGGAAACAGGAUGAGGAAAUGGGUUGGGAAGAGGAUGGCAGUCUCAGUCAUAAUUCUCUGCACUCUUAUUCAAACUGGCAUCUGUGCUGUCUGGCUGACAAAGUCUCCUCCUUUCCCAGAGCUUGACAUGCACUCCCAUAUUGAUCAGAUUAUAGUGAAAUGCAAUGAGGGCUCAGACAUCAUGUUCUACAUUGUCUUGGGGUACAUGGGGUUUCUGGCCAUCAUCAGCUUCACUGUAGCUUUCUUUGCCAGGAAAUUGCCUGAUACUUUUAAUGAAGCCAAACUCAUCACCUUCAGCAUGUUGGUGUUUUGUAGUGUUUGGGUAUCUUUUGUCCCAACUUACCUGAGCACCAAAGGGAAAUACAUGGUGGCUGUGGAGAUCUUCUCCACCUUGGUCUCUGGGGCUGGAUUGCUGAGUUGCAUCUUCCUUCCUAAAAUUUACAUUAUUAUAAUAAGGCCUGAGAUGAACACCAGGGAACAGCUAGUAAGAAAUAAAACUUUGAAUAUAUGA